CGUAAAACACAUGCGACUGCUGGAGUGAGUGACCUGUGCGACGAUGCAACCUUUUGGCAUUUCGUUAUCCGCGAACGCCCCAGUAACUGAAAAUCAAAGACAAAUUAUUUCCUGCGAAAAAUUGAUUGAAAGGCAAAUACUAUGCGCCUCUCUCUCUCUAGAACCAGGAAGAAGGCCACUCCUCUCUCUAAAACCACAGAAAUCAGGAGAGAAAACCAUUCUGUUUCAUGGCACCUCUUCAAGCUACUCAUCACAUCUCCAUCCUCCAAACCAGAACUAAAAUGCAUAUUCAAAAUCACCGAAACCCUAACCCUAAUACGACCCAAGAUGCUCUGCAAUCUCCGCCACUUCCUCGUCCGAAAAUUUAUGGGAUUCUCUCACUUUUCCCUCUGCAAAUUUGUAGAAGUCUCUGCAAAUUCUGGCCGAAUUGACGUCGCCACUGAAGCUUUUCAAACACUUCGUGCGCUUUUCUCUGAAAUUGCGCCUCCAGUUCAUGUUUAUAAUGUCCUUCUGAGAGGAUUUCUUUGGAAAAACAUGCCAGAAAAAGUGCCUGAGAUUUACAGCGACAUGCUUAUUUUGGGGGUCUCACCUAAAACUCACACAGUGAACAUAUUUUUGUCAUCUCUCUGCAAUUCUGGUCGGCUAAGCGAUGCUCGUCAACUGUUUGAUCAAAUGCAUUCCAAGAGUUGUAAACCCAAUCUCUUCAGUUUUGGGAUCAUGGCUCGUGGCUAUUGCAGAGCUGGGUGCUCAAGCAAAGCUCUAGAGCUUAUAAAUGAGAUGGAUAAAUUUGGGUUUUCCCCUAACCAGGUAAUCUAUAACACCAUUAUAUCUGGCUUUUGCAGAGAGGGGAAAACAGAGGAGGCAGAAAAAUUGGUUGGGGCAAUGGAGUCAGCUGGUCUGUUUCCUGAUAUCGUUACCUUCAAUGCACGGCUUUCUGCUCUUUGCAAGGCCCAGAAGGUUCUAGAAGCUUCUAGAAUCUUCCAUGAUAUGAAGAUGGAUGAUGGUCUUCCAUCGCCCAAUGUAAUCAGUUGCAGGAUAAUGCUUGAUGGGUUCGGCAAAAAUGGGUUCAUGGAGGAGGCCCUGGCUCUUGUCGAGUUGAUGAAAGAUAAUGGGUUUUUCAACUCAGUCGAGAGUUAUAAUAUAUGGAUUCAUUGCCUGGUAAAUAGUGGGAACCUCUAUGAGGCCCAACUUGUUCUAAAAGAAAUGGCAGAAAAUAGGGUAAAGCCUGAUAUUUAUUCAUAUAACAUAUUGAUGGGUGGGCUAUGUAAAGAUCACAUGAUGGGUGAUGCUCUAAACCUCAUGAAUUCCAUGAAAUCCGAUGGGAUUUCGCCAGACCACGUCUCUUUCAACACUUUGCUUCAUGGGUAUUGCUCCAAAGGUAUGGUUUCAGAAGCCAUUGAAGUCCUUAAUGAAAUGAGCUCUAAGAAAUGCUUUCCAAACACUGUAACCUGCAACAUUUUGUUGCAAAGUCUAUGGAGAGAAGGAAGAGUUUUGGAGGCUAAGCGGUUUUUACAGAGGAUGAGUGAGAAAGGCAGGAUCCCGGAUACCAUGACAUGUAACAUAGUGAUCGAUGGCUUAUGUAAGAGUGCGAAGUUAGAUGAGGCCAUUACGAUCAUGGAUGGUAUGUGGGAGCACGGGUCUGCUGCUCUUGGAGACCUUGGAAAUGCAGUUCUAGGGCUUGUGGAUUCGAAUAGUUGUAGAAAGUGUCUACCAAAUGUGGUCACUUACUCGUUGCUUAUAGAUGGUUUGCUCAAGGCUGGGAGAUUAGAGGAAGGAAAGAAGAAGUUCAUGGAAAUGGUUGGGAAGAACAUAGCCCCUGAUGAAUUUAUAUACAACAUUUUUAUAGAUGGCUAUGUUAAGAAUGGGAAACUCUCGACUGCUUUUAGGGUUUUGACUGAUAUGGAGAAACAGGGUUGCAAGCCAAGCACCAUAACCUACAAUUUGUUGGUCAUGGGAUUGGCUGGUGAGGGGAAGAUAUAUGAAGUCCAUGGGCUGAUUAGAGAUAUGCAAAACUUGGGUGUUUUUCCUGAUAUAUUUACUUAUAACGGCUUGAUCAGUGCCCUGUGCGAGGGAGGAAGGGUAAAAGAGGCUGCUUCACUUUUGGAUGAAUUGUUGAAUAGGGAUAUCACUCCAAACUCUUCUUCUUUCAAGAUGAUAAUUCAAGGUUUUUGCAAGGCUGAGGACUUUGGGGAAGCGUGGCAGGUUUUUGAAAGAGCUAUAAUCAUAUGUGGUGCCAAAGAAGAUCUAUAUAGUUCAAUGUUUAACGGAUUAUGUGUGGGUGGGAGGGUUUCUGAAGCUCGAGGCUUAUUUGAAACCAUCUUAGAAAGAGGAAUCAAUUUUAAAGGAUGCUCUUAUACAAGCUUAAUACAGAAUUUCUGCAAGGCAGGCAAUUUUAGAGGGGCACAAGAGAUACUCGAGAAGAUGAGGGAUAAAGGCUGUGUAUUCAACCCUGCCGCAUUCUUGCUGGUGGUUGAGGCUUUGGAAAAGAAUGGUCACAAGCAUGAUGCCGAUAAGCUUGCAGAGGAAAUGAUGGAAAUGGCUGAAAGGUACGAGGAAUUGAAAGCCUUGGGGCUAAAGAGGGAGAAGAGGACUCGGAAGGAGGGAUUGGAUGGGAAGAAAUCAAUAGGGAAUCAUUUGAAGGAAGAUGGGAGUGGUGGAAGUGAUUGGCAGUCUUUGUUGCACAGGGAUGAUGGAAGUGGAAUUGCAAUGAAAGUGCUGAAAAGGAUCCAAAAAGGUUGGGGUCAAGGAGCUAUACCGACCUCUCCUCCCCCAAAACACGACAUUCUUGAGGAUUGGGAAGAAUUUGCAUGAUGCAAUUUUCUAUAAAGAUUUUGUUCUGAGAAUGCAUGACAUUUAUGUUUCAAUGCCAUUUUACAAUAAUCAAGCUUAAUGAUGGCUAAGGAACGAAUGCCCGUGGGAGUGGGAGCGGGAGCAGGAAAUGCCCACAGGAUUUGGAUAUGGUUUGGGGUGCAAUUGUGCAAAGAUUCCUCGUCUCAGUAAUCACUGGGGGUGUGUUGAUUCUUAAAAUGGGAAGGCCACUCCAAUAUAAAAUAUUGGACUUAAGCUUUCAAUUGCAUGGUAAGAGGUUUACGUUCUUGUCAUGGUCGAGUGUAUUCAUUUGUUUAUUGAUGUUGGAUUCAUCGGAAGUUUUUGGUCAUGAAUCCACAAGCCACAAUACACACAAUAUAUGUUAUGUAUGUUCUUCACACUCAAGCAAUCAUUGUAUAACAUCACAGAAUCCAGAAGUGUAUUCCUACUAGUAUAGUUUAGUUUUAGGUUAUAGAUCAAAAUCACUGCCUUAAAGAUUUUUCCAUAUCGUCUAUGUAACAGGUUCAUUUAUACGUGGAUAUUCAACAGAAAAGAAAGAAGAUAGCCUCAAUGGCCUUGUGGUUAUGGAUUCCAAUCAGGCUUUCUAGUAACACUCCGUCAAGGGAUUGCAAAUUAGCCUGGUGGGAAACUUUGCCUUCCGCUUAGGGGAGGAUUUAGUGGACCCACAGGCCUUGAAUUGCUUGUGGGACAGGGAUUUAUUAUGCUCUCUCUCUCCCCCCACACCCCCCUCCCCCCUCCCCGAGACUUGUGCGAACUUUACGAAUUAUGCCCAUAUGGUGUGAUAGAUGAUGAAUUUUGAAUCCACUCAGCUUCAUCUGAAAAGUGAUGAAUCACUCAAAAUCUUUCCAUUUUGACCA